CAACGCAAAAAUGAAACUUGUGUUUACAGCAAAAGGAGCAACAGAAUCUCAAUCAAUUAUCAGUCUCCUCUUCUCUUCUCAUAGGCGGGCCCAUUCCUCCUUUGUCUCUGUUUUAUUCACACCAAUAAACACACCGUUUUUAGGGACAGUGCUGCUGCCAAUCAAACGCCUGUCCCGAUAGCCCCCCUUUUCCACCCCUUUUCCACUGUCGUGUAGUUCCCUUUUCCUUCGCAGAGGAAACACAGAUAUUUCUGAACCUUCGGUACAUAUGCAGAUAUUGCUGAGAUCAAUAUUGUCUGCUUUGAUUGACAACUAAAUAAGAUACAGAAGGAUGUGGUCAAUUCAUCAUUUCAUGAACAAACUAUUGAAGGCGGUUGAAGAAAAUAUUGAUGAGUAUGCUGAAAAUCACUUUAACUUUGUCGAUUCUUAUGCCAUCCAGCAGCCACCAAACAACCAGAGCAUAACUUCAGUCUCGUCCUACUUUGUUGAUGUACCUCACAUAAAUCAGGAAAGCACAUGGGAUUGUGGUCUUGCUUGCGUUCUUAUGGUUUUGCAAGCUGUUGGUGUAUAUAACUGUACUAUUCAAGACCUAGUGGAGCUAUGUUGUACCACAAGUAUUUGGACUGUAGAUUUGGCAUAUUUGCUGCAGAAGUUUUCUUUAAGCUUUACAUAUUGCACAGUUACAUUAGGAGCUAAUCCAGACUUUUCUGUCGAGUCAUAUUACAAGGACCAACUGCCAAAUGACCUUAGACGAGUAAAUAUGCUCUUCCAGGAAGCUCGUGAAUCUGGAAUCAGUAUAGAGUGCAGAUCAGUUAGUGCGAAAGAAAUUUCUGACUUUAUGUUGUCUGGAAAGUAUGUCGCUAUUGCUUUAGUCGAUCAGCACAAAUUAAGCAGUCAGUCUCAGCUUGAGGAUAUUUGUGUCUCAGAAUACUAUAGUGGAGGCCCUAGUUACACCGGUCACUAUGUUGUUAUUUGUGGCUAUGAUGCUGCUACAGAUGAGUUUGAGAUUCGAGAUCCUGCCAGCUCAAGGAAGCAUGAAAGGGUUCCUUCAUGGUGCCUUGAACAGGCUCACAAAUCCUUUGGUACUGAUGAGGAUUUUCUGCUGAUUUGUGUCGAGAAGAGAGGAGCUCAAGGCAACCCUUUAGGAAUCUUUUCCUUGUGACAUUGUAAUUGGUCGAGAUCGGGGUUUCAAGGCGUGUGCAAGACCGUUGUCUGAAGAAAAUGCUGUUUGUUUCAACCACUCUUUGGUUGAUAACAUGUUUACUUAAUCUUCUGCACAUUUUAGGCAUUUCCUUUAUCUGUACAGGUUUGUAAAUAUAAAUAAUCCAAAGUAUUAUGUACUAAAAUGCUGUAAUGUAUCUGUAGUUAAGAAAAUCAUUCAGUUCUUUGUC